GAGAUUUCUCCAGAUCCACUAAGACCAAGUUGAAGCCGCCUGGGAAGAAAGAGCAUGAAGACGCCGCCGUUCCCGAUAACUCCCUUGACCGUCUCCUUCUCGUUCACUCCGAACUCUCCUCCAUCGUCGGACAGAUCGAUGAACUUGUUGUGCAAGCACUACAGAGCAAGAAAGAAAUCAAGGAAAUCAACUCUUUUGCAGAUUUCCUGUCUGAAAUGCAAGCAUCUUUGAAGCAAUGGGUUCCUAGAUUCCAGAAAUCACUUUCUGACCCUUCUGGCUCUGAAAACAUGCCAGAACCGCCACCGCCGACAAGUAACAAAGUUGCAGACAGUCCUGAGCAGUAUAAAUGGGACUCAUUGGAAUCAUCUAAACCGGGAUUUGAGGAGAUUAGAACGGAGCAAAUAGCUCAGAUGCCCUCAGGUUUUGAUGAAAUGCUGGACGUGGGUGACAAUAAUAUGCUUGGUAGUGCGAAACCGGAGAAGUCCUACAUACUAAUGACCCCUUGCUUGAAAGUAUCACCACCCAAGUCAUGUGUAGUGCUUGAACCUGUGUCCGAAUAUCGUAAAGGCAGUCUUAAGUUUCGUAAAUCAACUCCAUAUCCGGUUGCCGUGGAGUCCUCAGAUGGAUCUCAAGAUUCAGAACCCUCGGAUGAUCUUAAUGUGAAAUAUCCCGAACUCUUUGGGAUUAAACUGGGAAAUAAGUUUGAGAACAGAUGGAAGUUAGCCGAAGAAUCACCAAAGUGGUCUCCUCCCAAAACAUGUGCUCUCUUGAAGCCACAAGAGGAUGCUGCACCCAGAGACUCUUCGAUUCCAUUAACUGCUCCCAAUCCUAAUCAGAAAAACUUGUUGCCGAGGAGCACUAAUAUCCGAGUUGGUAGAGUGUGUGAAUUUGUUGAAAGCUGCACUCCCAUGGCGAAAGAACCCGAGAGCUGUAUUAAGACAGGGAAACAACGCCAUCCGGGUGAGAACACCUUGAAGAGAGAACUGUGGACCAAGUUUGAAGCAGCAUCUACACGUGCAACGUGCUUUAAUCCAUCGCCUGCUAUGCAGAAGAUGAAUCUGCAUAAGGGGUUUUUGGACAGGCUGGAUGAGGCUUCUUCUGAUGAAUGAAGGUGCCGUGCAGUAUGGAGAAGUUUACCAUUCCUUUUUCACAAGUGUAGAAAAAGCUUGUACUCUAAUGUUUCAUCUUCAUGAGAAUGAAAAAGUGAAGUGAAUGCAAUCUUGAAUCUUGAUAGAGGAAACAAAAGUGAAGGUCAGCUCAUUUCUGUUUGUAGGGAGUGUUUUGAAGAAAAAAAAGUAAAUUCUUGUUUUUGCU